UUCCGGGCCGGAAGCUUUAAAAAUAUUUCUGCCAUCCUAUCUAUCUAUCUAUUUCUUCUCCCCGGGAAGUGCAGCCUUUCUACCCCAACGUCAUUUUACAAUCAUAUACACCAAAUUUCAAUAGUAUGGCUCCAUCAGCAACAUCUCCUGCUCCAGAAGAGACGGCAAACGCCACCAUCCUCACUCUGCGAAAAACUCUUUGCUCAGAAAGCACUCCACUCGAUUUCCGUAUUCGCGCUCUUUUCUCCCUUAAACAUCUCGCCUCUAUUCAAUCUUCAUCCUCCAAUAUCGCCGCUAUUGAAGCCAUCGCCUCUGCAUUUACUUCUCCUUCCGCACUUUUGAAACAUGAGCUUGCCUAUUGCUUGGGACAGACGAGGAAUCUUGAGUGUUCGAAAUAUUUGAGAGCAGUAUUAGAGAAUCGCGAGGAGAACAGUAUGGUUAGACAUGAGGCUGCGGAGGCAUUGGGUGCGUUGGGUGAUAAGGAUUCUUUGCAGUUGCUUAAGGAGAGGCGGGAUGAUACUACUGAGCCGGUUGAGGUAAGCCAGACGUGUGAGUUGAGUGUGGAUAGAAUCGAGUGGGAGCAUUCAGAUGCGGGCAAGGCAGAAAAGCUACGACAAUCGUGAGUUGAAUUUUUAUUUAUUCUGAAAAACGGGUAUUUGCGCAGAGCGCGUGGGAAAUGCGCUCUUGGUUCCCAUGCAACAGACGGUUUUCACUGAUCGCGUGAGAUAUAUUUUGUAUCGCAAUACUAACAAUCCUUGUGAUUAUAGGGAUUUCGCAUCAAUUGACCCAGCUCCACCAACCGCAGAAGGAAAUUCAGGGUCAUUUUCAAUCGAGAAACUCGAGGAAACAUUGUUAGAUACCAAAACGUCUUUAUUUAAACGAUACAGAGCCAUGUUUGCUCUUCGAGAUCUUGCAUCACCACCUGAUCUUCCCACCGCCGUUCCUGCUGUUCUUGCCCUCGCGAAAGGUCUCCAUGAUCCAUCCGCACUUUUCAGACACGAAAUUGCCUUCGUUUUUGGGCAAUUAUCUCAUCCAGCAUCCAUCCCUGCUCUUGUUGGAUCUCUCAGUAAUUUGGAGGAGGCUAGCAUGGUUAGACAUGAGGCAGCUGAGGCUUUGGGAAGUUUAGGUGACGAGGAAGGUGUUGAAGCCACACUAAAGAAGUUCUUAGAAGAUAAGGACAAGGUUGUGAGGGAUAGUGUUAUCGUUGCAUUGGAUAUGGCGGAGUUUGAGAAGAAUGGGGAGACUGAGUAUGCGUUCAUCCCAGGGAAGGAGGCUGUUGCUGCGGCCUAGUUGUUUAUAUUCUCUAAAAUUCGUCGCCUGUAUUUAAUUCAAAUGAUGGCUGGUGCCAAAGUGCUUGGGCCAUUAACAUAUUGCAAAUUUUCCUACCAAACUCCAAAAUAUGAAGUCCAAUCCUGCACAUGAUGAGUAAUUUGUGGACCGUGGAGUAACUUUCGUUACGAGGUUUGUCGGCGUUGAAGAGAAUCAUAUCUUGAAAUUGCAGAGAACGGUACUAUCUAGAAGUAAACUUUGAUCCGGGGUAUUCACUUUAACGAUGCGAAUGAAACAAAACGCGAAGGGAAUACAAUACCUGGUACUGGUAAACUUGACUCCAUUUUCUACUUCACAACAAUCCAAUCGUAUACAAUCGUGUAUCAAAAUGAUAUUCUUGUUGCCAGUAGGGCUGUCUGAAAAGAAAAACAUUACCACAAUCUGUACAAAAUGCAAGAUGACCUAU